UUAGAUUUUUGUAUUAGAUAAAAUUGGCAUAUAAUAAUGAAAGAGAAAAUCACCUAAUGUUUGUUUAUUAAGACCUAUUCGAUAGUCUUGUCGGUAUUUAUACUUUAUGCGUAAUUUUUAAACACUCGUUGUUUUAUCUUUUAUACAAAAAAAAUUAGGUUGUGUUCGUGAGUAAAGUUGAGUUGUAAAUUCUUCAUUCCCUCCUUUCUUUGAUUUAUGCAUGUAAUAAAGUUUAUUCUAUUUUACCCGUUCAUUUGAGAUUUGCGAGUUCGGUUCGUGUAAGACUUAAAAGGUUUUGAAGGAUUCUAAUAGAUUUCAAGUUCGGGUAAUUUUUAACGAGCCAAAAUUUUGCACUCGUUUUUGUAGGUUUUACGAAACGAAGUAAACAAUUAAUUCAUAAAUAACGACUUUUCUUUUAGUCGUUUGAAACAUUCGGUCUUACUCGGUGUCUUUUUUUUUCUGAAGACAAAGAAAAUCUAAUAAACGGGCUAGUUUCCAACGCUGUAAGUUCGGUCCUUUCUCUCAACUUCUAGCACCGAGAAACUCGUGUUUCCAGCUGUUUUCUCGCAAACAAUUGAAUCUGUUUACAAACAUAUGUGAUUAUAUCUAUCGAUCGACCGUUUGGAUAUCUUGUAACAAGUUCGAAAACUUUGCAAGCUCAAAGUAAUGCCGAGGAGAAGGAAAUCCGAGCUGAGCCCUCCGGAAGAAUAUGACGAAGAUUAUUGCCCGCUCUCCUUGGUCGACUUGCUCAAACAAGCCAGUUUACCCAAGUGUGGCGGCUGUCACGAGAUAAUCUUGGAUAGGUUUAUUCUUAAGGUCCUCGAAAGGACUUGGCACGCGCGCUGCUUAAAGUGUGCGGAGUGCGGCGCCCAACUUUCGGACAAGUGCUUCGCCAGGAACGGGAUGGUUUUCUGCAAGGACGACUUUUUUAAGAGGUAUGGGACGAAGUGCGCAGGUUGUGAGCUUGGCAUCCCCCCGACGCAGGUCGUUCGACGCGCUCAGGACUACGUGUAUCAUCUCCAGUGUUUCUCUUGUGUCCUCUGCGGCCGACAGUUGAACACCGGAGAUGAAUUUUAUUUAAUGGAAGACAGAAAAUUGGUAUGUAAGCCAGACUACGAAGCAGCCAAAUCCAAAGAAAUGACCGAUGGUGUUGCAGAAGGGAGCUGUAUAGAAGGAGAACAGCCAAAUAAGAGGCCGAGGACGACGAUAACGGCCAAGCAGCUGGAGACACUCAAGAUGGCCUACAACACGAGUCCCAAGCCCGCUCGGCACGUCAGAGAACAGCUCAGCCAGGACACAGGCCUGGACAUGCGGGUUGUCCAGGUCUGGUUUCAAAACAGAAGGGCGAAAGAAAAAAGGCUAAAAAAGGACGCUGGGAGAACGAAAUGGUCGCAAUACUUCAGGAUGCGAGGGGGCUCCUCUCCCAGGGGCGACACAAAGGAGGAACAGAUCAAAGUCGAUCUCGACUCGUCCAAUUUUAGCCACUCCGCCCACGAUUUGGAGAGUAACGAUAGCUAUGGUACGUUAGGAGGGAUAGAUCAAGAAGGAGGAAGCAGUCCGACGAGGUAUCAGGGCGGUUCUCCUCAUCAUUAUAUGGCUUCUCCGAUCUAUCGAGGGCAGCAUCCGCCUCACGACACGUUCAGCGCAAUAGGACAAAGUGUCGGUCCUUCCGAUAUGAGCGAUGGGAGCAGUACACACGGAUACCCAGAUUUUCCACCGAGCCCGGACUCUUGGCUGGGGGACAACCCGCACCGCUACUGAGCCCGCCGAUGAAGGAAAGAAAACCCGCAUCGACAGAUUAUUAAUUUGUCUGUUUUUCACUUGUUUUUACCAAAGAGAACAAAGAAACGCCUUCUACGCGUAAAUCAAUAGCCUAAUUUGAAGUAUACACUUUAACUGUUUGGCUUUAUUUUGUUACAUAAUUUGAGCUUGUUGAAUUUCUUUCUAGUCGUUUGAAACCAAAGAUUUUCCGUCUAGAUGUAAAUGUGUAAAUAGUUCGAAGAGUCCGAUUGUCGCUUUUUGUCUGGUAUUUAGCCUGAACUGAGAAAUGUGUUGACAUUUUUAUGUAUAUGUAAUUAGUACCUCUUAGACAAAUGAAGCAUUUGGCCACGAGGAUGAAACGUGCAAUUGUUGUAAUUCAAUGCUCUGCGGAUUGAUGACAACGGAAUAAUCGGAUGUAUAAUUUAAAAUAAUCUAUAUUGAGUUUAUAUCGCUCUUAAGUUUAAGCUAGUCAAUCCUCUUGUGUAUAUAAUUGAUGUUUCAAAACUAAAACAUUUUAAAUAUUUACAAAUAGCAUUGUGGAAACAACAUUUCUUGUCAACCAGUCAAUUACAAUGAAAAAAUCGAUUGCCGGAGGGUACAGGAUGAACUCCAAAAUAUAUGGUCAGUGGGUACAGUAGACAAAACUUAAAUUUGAUUUUUGUACGAUUCCUGUCAGUGUUUCUAUUGUAACCGUUUUCGAAAAUAACAGGUUUGAAAAACGCAAAACACGGCACACGUUUAAAAUGUCGAUUAAUGUAACAAAUCCUUACGUUGAAUUAAAG